AUGUGCGUCAGGUACAAUGUGCGCGUCGCCCUCGUCGACCUGGAUGAUCCACCCGCGUGGUUUGUUCGCCGCCAGCAGCAAGACCACCUCACUGCGGACCAGGCCCGGCAAUUUGCGGGCACCGACGGGAACGUGCUGCUGCUCACCAACCCCGUCAGCGCGGGCUACACGCAAAACCCCAUCAGUGUUUACUACUGCUACGGACGUCGAGAACAGCAGGAGCAGCAGCAAAAACAGCAGCAGCAGCAGGAGCGGCAACAGGACAGGCGGCAGCAGCAGCAGCACGAGCAGCAGCAGCAUGAUAGGCCGCGGCAGCUAGGGGAUGGCGCCACGCCCCUUGUGGCCAUCGCCGAGGUCACCAACACGCCGUGGGGCGAUCGCGUGCGCUUCGUGUUCCGGCCGGAGGGGGAUGAGAGCCCCAAGGCGCUGCAUGUGUCGCCCUUCAUGGACAUGGAGAACACCUGGCACCUGCGCGCGACGCCGCCUGGGGAGGGGCUGAAGCUGUCCGUUGUGGUGACCCACCCGCGGCUGGGCCAGUACUUUGAUGCCCAUCUGAUCGCGAAGCGCUGCUCGGGGCCGCACGCCACAGCGCUCAACGAGGCGGCAGGGUGGGGCUCGCUGCUGAGGUACGGCUUCAUGCCCCAACGCGUGGCCUUGUGGAUCUACUGGCAGGCCGUCGUCCUCAUCGCCAAGGGCUGCCCCAUCCACCCCAAGCCGGACGGCGCCAGCUUCAAGGGCCGCGCCGCGGCUGCAGCUGAGGGCAAGCUGCGGGCGCCGGGCGGGCGCGGGGACGAGGGGGGCUGCCCCUUUGAGUGGACCGACACCAGGGCUUGGCCAUGGUACUUGUGA